AUGGGAGGCGGUGCGAGUGCCGGUGAGGACACCGACGGGCUGAGAGACAGCUUGAAGGAGGCGCGGCACCUCCGCUCUGAGCUGGGGCGGGCCUUCCGGGCUGUGGACCGCGCGGACUGUUGUCUCGAAGGGUUUAAGGAGAACGCGUAGAAAGACUUGGCGUGGAAGCACGGUAACAUCCACCUCUCCGCUCCGUGCAUCUACUCGGAGGUGAUGGAGGCCCUGGACCUGCAGCCUCGCCUUUCCCUCCCGAACCUGGGCAGCGGCACCGGCUACCUCAGCUCCAUGGCGGGGCUCCUUUUAGGCCCCUUUGGUGUGAACCACGGGGUGGAACUCCAUUCAGAUGUGACAGAGUACGCGAAGCAGAAGCUGGACUUUUUCAUCGGGACAAGUGACAGCUUCGACAAGACCUUGUGGUGUCACGAGGGUGAGGCUGACGGUCUCGUUCUCUGCACAGCACCCCUGGCGGUUCGCAGCCUCCGGGACCUGGCGCGCGUUGCCAUCCGGGGCACCAUUAAGAAGGUCAUCCACCAGGAAGCUGUGAACUAAAACGGGAACGGACUGAAGAACUCUCCCAGGUUUAAACGAAGGAGAGUUCGCCGCCGCCGAAUGGCAACGAUCGUCUUUUUGGACAAAGAGCUGUUUACCAGUCGGGUCUCCAGCCCCUCUGAUGACAUCAGCUGCGGAGACCUGGUAGAGGAGCGGCAAGAAGUGGAGGUGAUGGCGCCGCCGGACACCGCGCCAGGGCCCCUGGUGAGCUUCCUGCACGAGAAGGUCCUGGGCCUUCCUCUGCCAGGUCCCCUGAAGCAUUCCGUGCUCUAUUACAGAGAACGGUGA